GUUUCUUAUUUUAUUUUUUAAAACAAUGCCAAAGAUUGUCUCUUCAUCCGUGGUGUCGUCAUCGGACCAUGCAACACAAAACGAUUCUGCUAAAUCACUGCAUGUGUAUUACUGUCUAUGUUCCGAGUUUUUACUGGUGAUCGAUGCCGACUUGCGACAAUUACCAAGAAGGAGAACAGAUAAUGCCGUUAUUGUCUCCAACAUUAGACGUACCUAUAAACUUACAGCAGAAGCAGACGAUUGCGUCUUGUUAAAGAGACGCGAUGGAUACGAAAAGCAAUUUAGAUACCAUUGUCCUAGAUGUAAUUUAACAGUGGCAUAUGAAAUGAACGAACACCGUAAAUCAGGACCUUAUACAUACAUUUUAGACGGUGCAUUGACAGAUAUUCAAGGCAGUGCUCCACCCAAUGCCAUCAUUGACGUCUUUUCAUCAAAAAAAGCAUAAAAAAAUAAAACAUCCGAUUUUCCCCUACUGAGUUA